AAUAAAGCUGUUCGUCUCCUAGUUAGCAGUCUCAUUCUUGUUAUAACAUUGAAAGAUUGAACUUAUCUUUGAAAAGUUUUGCAGCUUUUUAUUACAGCAGUCAAGAAAAUGAGUUUAACACCAAGAAUUAGUUAUGAAGAAGAAUUAAAGAAAAAUGUUGAUUUAAAGGACUCUGAUAUACAAAUAUUAAGAGAAUGGUGCAAUAAGCAGCCUCAUUUACCAAAAAUUACGGACAGUGAAUUGGCAUUAUUUUUACACAGCAAUUAUUAUCGAUUGGAGCCAACAAAAAAUACGAUAGAUGCUUACUAUACUGUACGAACUCACGUUCCAGAGUUUUUUUCUAAUAGAGAUCCGCUUGGAUCAAAGUCGCUUCGAGAAAUAAUGAAAGUUGUUGCAGAAAUACCAUUGAAGACAACAACGAAAGAUGGUUAUAAAAUACUUUUCUGCAAACUACUUGACAUCGAUCCUUCGCAUUAUGUUUAUAACGACGGUAUGAAAUAUUUUAGCAUGGUUUUGGAUUAUUGGCUUUAUACCGAAGGUACAGGAAUUGGUCAUUUGAUUCUGAUUGAUAUGGAAAAUGUAAGUUUCGGUCACGCAGGCCGAUUAAGUCCUAUGGGACUGAAGAAGUUUCUUUACUAUUUGCAAGAAGCUUUACCUGUUCGUCUGAAAGGUUUACAUUUCAUGAACACAUCGGCUGUGAUGGAUAUCAUUCUAAAUAUGAUGAAACCUUUCAUGAAAAAAGAAUUGAUGGAUGUGUUGCACGUGCAUUCCACAUUGGAAAGUGUCGCAAAGUUUAUUCCAUUAGAAGUAUUACCAACCGAUGUAGCUGGUAAAGCAGGAUUUACCAAAGAUUUACACGAAGAAUAUAUAAAAAAGAUCGAAGAUCAUCGAGCUUGGUUCCUACAGGAUGAGAUAAAUGGUCGAGUAAAUGAGGCUCUGAGAUCUGGUCAAAGUAAAAAUGUAACGGAUCUUUUUGGAGUCGAGGGGAGUUUCAAGAAGCUUGAAAUAGAUUAACGCACAAAAUCAAAUAAAUGAUGCUAUUCUAAUCAAAUACAUAUACCAUACAUUAGAUCAAAUGAAACAUUAUUAAACGAGUUUCAAGUUUCAAGUUUCAAGUUUCAAGUUAUACGUACAUAUUAUAGCAACUACUUUUAUUCUGUACUUUGAUCUUUUAUAAUGGCCAACAAUUAACCCCAUCACAUUCCCCUUAAGCGUAUAUUACAUUAUUAUGGAAUGAGGUUGACAUACAUUUCAUAAUUAAUAAUAUAUUUAUAAAAUUCUGUUAAUGAUGAUACUAUCUAAUUAUCUCAAUAUCCUUGUAAAAUAGCUACUUACAAUAGAAACAAAUUUCCAAUUCCAUUGUAUUACACACUCGUAAUGAGUGUAUGUGUAUUUUGAUCUCCUGCAAAAAAAAAACGUUUAUCUCGAUAAACUUGAUAAAAAAACAAAUGACAAGUUUAGUACUGUAAUAAACAAGUUUAUCUACAGGAUGUUCUAAAAAUUGCUUUAUCAAAUAUCUUUUACCAAAUGCUCCGAUUUGUAGUAGAUUUGGAAGAUGUCUUUUUUAAUUGAAAUGAAGAAAUUUGUCCUAAAUUUUGUCCUAAAUUCGUGUCGGAUUAGUGUCAAGGUUGCGUCAGGGUUUCUAUCAGAGUUUUACGUCAAGCUUUCUCUUUCCUCGGUACAACAAGUUUCGGAACAACCUAUAUAUGCAUAUGUAUAUAAGUAGAACUCAUUAUUAGAUCGGUUGCUAUCAAGUAAGAAACAUAUUCUUCUUCCACGUUCCGUGCAACAUUAACGUAAAACAUUAAAAAAAAAAAAAAAAAAAAAAAAGAAAACCAACGUUAUU